CAGCCUCUAGGGGGAGGAGCGCGCGUAGCCGUGGGCUGUGCGAGUCCCACUUCCUCAUCGUAGCAAAAGCAGCACUCUGCAGGGACUUUCAGCACCCGACCGCCCAGUCCGUAGCUGCCCACACACGCUGCCUCUCCCCAGGAAGUCCUCGCGCAGGAGGAGGCGGCGGUGAUCGGGUGACUCUCGAAGGCGAGACAGGCGCUCCGGCGCUCGAUUCAAGGUCGGGAGGAGCUUUCCUUGCAACUUGCGUGCAGCGAUGUCCAAGCCGCCACCGAAACCAGCCAAACCAGGACAGGUCAAAGUUUUUAGAGCCCUGUAUACAUUUGAACCCAGAACUCCUGAUGAACUCUAUUUUGAAGAAGGGGAUAUUAUCUACAUUUCUGAUAUGAGUGAUACCAAUUGGUGGAAGGGAACCUGCAAAGGAAGAACUGGACUGAUUCCCAGCAAUUAUGUGGCUGAGCAAGCAGAAUCCAUUGAUAAUCCCCUACAUGAAGCUGCCAAGAGAGGAAACCUGAGCUGGUUAAGAGAAUGCUUGGACAACAGGGUUGGUGUCAAUGGCUUAGAUAAAGCUGGAAGCACAGCCUUGUACUGGGGAUGCCACGGUGGACACAAAGACAUAGUGGAAGUAUUAUUGGCGCAGCCAAAUGUAGAACUAAACCAACAGAAUAAACUGGGAGACACAGCUUUGCAUGCAGCCGCAUGGAAAGGUUAUGCAGAUAUUGUAGAAACACUGCUGGCGAAAGGUGCCAGAACAGAUUUAAGAAACAAUGAGAAAAAACUGGCUCUGGACAUGGCUACUAAUGCUGCCUGUGCUUCCUUACUCAAAAAGAAACAAGGGCAAGACAUACUGCGAACAUUAAGCAAUGCAGAGGACUAUCUUGAUGAUGAAGACUCUGAUUGAAUUGUGUCAAUAUUGCCUUGAAAAAGUUACAACUUCUCUUGCCUUCACCUUUUUCAAAUCUUUUCUCUCUGUAACUGCAAAAUGUUCUUUUCACACAUACAGUGAUGAAGUGUGACAAUAAUUAAAAAACCAUGGUGAGAGAUCCCUUUCAUGGGGUAAAAAUCUCCCUCUGUAUUAAGGGCCACAGAUUCUCUUGUUGCAUUUAAACAGUAUGUUUAAGUGAGAGUAUAUAUAUAUAUGUUAUAAAUUUUCCCACCAAUUCCCUAUUAUACUGGAAACAGGACUUGCGCUUUACAGACUGUCUGUAAUAACAAUCUGUUGCAUGUAAAUAGCCAUCUUAAAGUAUAUCUGACAUGAUUAGCAUUAUCUUACAGAGAGAAACAUUUCAGGUAGAAGCUUGGUUAUUGGGGUUUUUUUCCAUAGCACAUCUUCACCUUAUUUUCUGUGUGUGUGUGUGUGUUAUAUAAGGUAUAUGUAUGUAAUUGGACCACCUGUGUGUUGAGGUACUGAGAGUUUGAAUUUCGGGAGCAGGAAAAUAUUUUCUAUUGAGAAAAUACCCUUAACGGAGCUGGAGUUCAAACAACACACAAGUCUCCCACAAAAAGUGGCUUUGGUCAUGACUGCUACAUGGUUGUUUCCCAUUGUUGUCAGGGAUUAUCCAUGGCAGUCAAGCACAGAUCUAGCCCUGCACAGGGGACAGAGAAUUGUAUUGGCUAAGAGAGGGGAGUAUGGCUGUGCUGCUUCAUCAGCUGACACAGGAAGCCAUAGGCUCCUCCAUCCCACAGUUGUUAAAUGAUGGAGUGAAGUUUAGCCCUCUCUUCUACCCUGGGAUGACAGCAGGGAGAAACUGGGCUCAGUAAUCGGGUCUGCUGGAGCCUAGAUUUCCUGCAAUGAUCACCCUGAGCAAAAAUGGAAGUUAAACUCCACUUUUCUCUCUAAAAUAAUAGUGAGUUUGGAUUUUAUCAACCACUCCUUUCUUCCCCCUGAAAAUUCCAUAGUUCCUAGUUCAUGUGAGUGUGUUUGAAAAGAGAGGGAGGAAGAGAAAUUGUUUUUACAACCUUUCAAAUUUUUCGUUUUAGGAGAGUACAGAUAAGAUUAAUGCCUGAGAUCUCCUUGGCUUUCUUGCUUCAUGACUCAUAUCCUAAAUCCCCAGACCAGGAGUAGGAAACCUGAUAUUCCCCCCAGAUGCUUGGUACUACAACUUCUAGAAUCUUUGGCUGUUGGCGAUGCUACCUGGGGCUGACAUGAGCUGUAGGCCAAAACCUCUGGAGGGCACCAAGCUGCCUACACCUGUCUUGGACAGUCAGUAUUUCUUUUGAAGGUAUUAAGAACUUUGUCCUCUGUCCAACUAAGUGUGCCCCCAACCCUGUCAGAUAAUCAACAGGCAUCCUAACCAGCUCUAGUCCUUUGCUUCCCUUCUGAGCAGCUGAUUGAUACUGCCCCAGCAGCUGGCUCAAGAGCAGGAGCACAACAUCAUAUGAGUGUCUCACAUUUGCAAGAUUUCUCCCCUGGAAAGAGACAUGUGUACUGAAGCUGCUUUCUAGCCCACACAAGACAUUUGUAUAGAGAAGGAACUUAACCUCUGACUUAAAGUGAUGGCAUUGUAAUAACAUUUGCAGUUUAUUUGCAUUCCUGUUUGUAGUAUGGAAGUGUGGAUUGUUUUUCACUUUCUGUGCUCUUUGCUUCCCCCGCCCCACUUUCUUCCUGUCCUUCAGAUUCUGGCUUUCAUUUUGUGCCCCAAAGUAUUUCACCUCAGAGUUGAUACGCUUCUGAAAUCAUGUAUAGUGUGGAAAACCGUAAACCAAAAGUAUCUUCACAAAAAGAUGCAUUAUGAAUAAAUAUUUUUAAAUGCUUUUAAA